AUGUCUUCGUUGAAUAUUGCUAAAUUCGUAGUUGGAUGUCAACGGCAAGAGAGAAAAUUUUGCAGCAACAUUGUGCUCAGCGAUUUUGAAUCCAUCCAUGAUUUUCAUCGAGAAUUUAUUUUAAACUGCGGCAAUCCGAUCGGAUUAGAGAAAACCGUCUUUUAUGUCUAUUAUGAACAGUCUAUUGGCAUGUCUUUAAUUAUUACAAGUGACCCAUGGAAAUCUUUUUGCAUCGUACUGAUGGUCGAAUGGAGGGUAAUAUCUGCUUUUCAGCUAGAAACUCAAGCCUUCAGAAAGAAAAGAAGCAUCUUGAGAUAGCUAUCCAUCCUUUACUAUCAAAUCAUUCCAAUCCAGCAUCCUGGAGAGGAGUCUGUGGUAAUUGUCAUCUGACGAUUCUCUGGAAACACCAAAUGCCAGAGGUUUUGCUUUUACCAGAAAUAUAUUAAUCUGUCAUUCGUAAAAGUUUUAGGCAAACUAUACCCUUAUUAAAUUUUUGCUGCAGCUUCAAAGAGUGGUGGACCGAUACCGUGGAUAUAAUAUGUAAUGAGAAGAAGAAGAAAACAAAAAAUCUUAAUCUGAAAGAAAUAUAUUAUUACUUCGCCAGAGAAAUUUUGUUAUGGUAACCAUUCUGGUUGUCUGUUUUUUCAAAACAUACAAAGAUAUUCUCUAACAUCAAUUCAAGCUCAUUUUAAUUUGCAUCCUAAAAAUGAGUUCUUUUAUCCUUGCAAACAAAGUUUGGAUAAAGAAGUUGUCGAAAAGAAUAACAUUGUAAAGAA